AUCUAUAAGGCAGUGUUUCUCAACCUCACUUUUUAAUUCUGAGAGUUGAAGUUUUAAGAUGUAAAAAGUUGUCGAGGUUGGGAAACAGUGCUAUAGGGAAAGGGAAUGGCGGUGGACGGACCAAGCUCCGGUAUGUACUCUUGGCACAGGAAGUUUCGCCAUCUAUGGAAGGAAGGAGAAAUCGUGUCACUCGCCAGAGUGUCAUUAAAAUUCCCUUCAGAUCUAGAGGAACUACAAGAACUUGCAGACUUUCUACAGUACUACAAUAAAGAGCACCAUGCAUAUGUGAUUCUGCUUUUCUGCAGUGCUUACCUGUACAAACAAACCUUUGCCAUACCAGGCUCUAGUUUUUUGAACAUCCUUGCUGGGGCUCUCUUUGGACCAUGGAUAGGACUUCUGUUAUGUUCUACUUUGACUUCUGUGGGUGCUACUUUUUGCUAUGGACUAUCCAAUAUUUUUGGGAAAAACUUUGUUACCUACUAUUUUCCUGAUAAAGUCACCAUGCUUCAGAGGAAGGUAGAAGAAAAUAGACAUUCUUUGUUCUUCUUCUUGUUAUUUUUGAGACUGCUCCCCAUGACUCCAAACUGGUUUCUGAAUCUUGCAUCUCCAGUCUUGAACAUCCAUGUGACUCAAUUUUUCUUCUCUGUUCUCAUAGGAUUGAUUCCUUAUAAUUUUAUCUGUGUCCAGACAGGGUCAGUACUUUCACAGAUAUCUUCCUUGGAGAACAUUUUAUCCUGGAGUAACUUAUUCAAGAUGUUGGCUAUAGCCAUGAUGGCAUUAAUCCCUGGGGCUCUUAUUAAGAAGUUCAGUCAGAAACAUCUCAAUUUAAACAAAAGUGAACAAAAAAGUCACUUGUUGAAUGGAAGGAAAUGCAACUGAAUAGACCACCCCUAAACAGAUAUGAGACAACGUGGAAUUCUAUUUAAGGCAGAAUUGGAAAAUAGGUAUUUUGAAUCAGCAGUUCUGUUGUCACUGGACUUUGGACUUAUUGCUGUUUUAGGCAUCUUCCUUUGCUAAUUUAUAAAGAUGAGUCUUAUAUUGUUUUUU